ACACACACACACAGCUGGCACUCGCGCACAGCGAAGCAGGAAGCGCGCGCGCAGUGGCACAUCUGUUCUUCUCUCUCCUUCUCUCGCGCUUUCUCUGUGUAUAAAGCCCCAUAAAGCUGCAGGUGAAGCUGGAGGCCAGCGUGCAUCUUUCUCCUCAGUAUGAGCGCAGCGGCAGAGAGAGACAUCCUCCUCCGUGGAGCGACGAGCUGGCCCAAAUGUCCCGACAUAUCUACACUCGACACGGGACAAACGACGGAGCCUCCAAAGCCGUGUUUCAGCUCAACAGAGGCACCUAUUCCCGACGCAGUCGUCUCAAAAGGUCCGAUGGCAGCACUACUUCCACCAGCUUCAUCCUCCGUCAGGGUUCAGCUGAUUCCUACACAAGCAGGCCAUCCGACUCAGAUGUGUCUUUGGAGGAAGAGCAGGGUGGCCGUCAGGAGAGAGAGCAGCAGGCCAUGGUGCAGCUGGAGAGGGCUAAGGCCAAAGCAGUGGCCUUUGCCGUUAAGACGAAUGUCAGUUACUGUGGUGCUCUGGAUGAAGAUGUACCUGUCGCUGGAACUGCCAUUUCCUUUGACACUAAAGAUUUUCUCCACAUUAAGGAGAAGUACAACAAUGAUUGGUGGAUUGGGCGACUGGUAAAGGAGGGGUGUGACAUUGGUUUUAUCCCCAGCCCUUUAAAACUGGAGAAUAUCCGUCUUCAGCAGGAGCAGAAGAGGGGCCGCUUUCAUGGAAAGUCCAGUGGCAAUUCUUCUUCCAGCCUUGGAGAGAUGGUGUCAGGGACCUUCAAAACCAAUCCUCCAUCUGCAGCUAAACAAAAACAGAAAGUGGCUGAGCAUAUUCCUCCAUAUGAUGUUGUCCCCUCCAUGAGGCCAGUGGUAUUGGUGGGUCCUUCUUUAAAGGGAUAUGAGGUGACAGAUAUGAUGCAGAAAGCCCUUUUUGACUUUCUGAAGCACAGGUUUGAUGGCAGGAUAUCUAUUACAAGAGUGACAGCAGACAUUUCAUUAGCAAAGAGAUCUGUGCUCAACAACCCAAGCAAGAGAGCUAUUAUUGAAAGAUCCAACACCAGGUCAAAUAUAGCGGAAGUCCAGAGUGAAAUCGAGAGGAUCUUCGAGCUGGCUAGAUCUCUUCAGUUGGUUGUCCUUGAUGCCGACACGAUCAACCACCCAGCUCAGCUCAUUAAGACCUCAUUAGCUCCCAUUAUUGUGCAUGUCAAAGUGUCUUCCCCCAAGGUCUUGCAACGAUUGAUCAAAUCACGUGGGAAAUCACAAAGCAAGCACCUAAAUGUACAAUUGGUGGCUGCAGACAAAUUGGCUCAGUGUCCUCCGGAAAUGUUUGACAUUAUUUUGGAUGAAAACCAGCUAGAGGAUGCAUGUGAACAUUUGGCUGAGUACCUGGAAGCCUACUGGCGGGCAACGCACACGUCACUGAGCACUCCUCUCAACCCUCUGCUGGGACGCAACCUGAGCUCCACUGCUCUCACACCAUACCCUACAGCCAUCUCCAAUCUGCAGAGCCAAAGAAACAGAAACAGGAAUCAUUCCAGUGAUCAUUCUCCAAUCGAGAGGCGCAGUCUGAUGACCUCAACUGAAAACGACCACAACAAAGAGCGUCAACAGAAGAGCCGGGAGCAAUGGCCGUUGGUGGAAGAGGACUACACUGACCCAUACCAGGACACGUACAAACCACACCGGAGCCGUGGCUCUCCAGGGGGAUACAGCAAUGACUCACACCACAGACCCUAAGUUCAGCUUUUUGCUCGCUCUACUGUCAUUAUUUGGUUCCUUUUCUAAAGUUCUCACUAAUAAUGAAAGAUCGGGGCAUUUAUUAUGUCUGUAAAAAUUUUGUCAGAGGAAUUUAAGGUACAGUAUAUUGCAUUUGAAAAUACAUUUUAAAUUAAAAACAUUUUAUCAGAAAACUGCAAAAACCUUUAAAAACUGAAAAGCUUCAUCACCAUUAAAGGUGAUAUAGGUAUAUUUAGCAAAUUAUGGUCACACCCUUCACUAAUUCUCUUCACAUGUUUGGGAUAUAGGGUCGGGUGUCCAG